AUGCAACUCAAGAACAUCCUGUUCACUCUGGCCGCUGGCCUUACCAUGGUUGCUGCUGAGGAGGAGUACACCACCAUCACCUCUACGCAAACCAUGACCCAGACCGUCACCAUCACCCAGUGCAACCCGACCGCUACGGCCUGCCCGGGUCGUACCUCCACCACCACCUCGACCACCACCUCGUGGACCUUCCCCGUCUUUAACUCGACCAGCACCGUCGGCCCGACCGCCAGCUCUUUUAUCUACGUUCCGAGUUCCAGCGCUGGCGUCCCUGUCGUCACUCACCAGCCCUCGAACCCUACGGUCGUCCCUCCUCCGAGCAACCCCAGCACCUCGGAUAUCCCAACCGCCGGCGCUGGCUCCCUCGCCAUCCAGCCCGCUCUCAUUCUGGGCGCUCUUGGUGCUGCUGGCCUCGCUCUCCUGGCCUAA